UUUUGUAGUGAAUCAGCCAAAGAGAGAAUCUUUUCAGCAUGGAGAAAAGAAAUUAUGAAACGAACAAAUUGAAGGAAUAUGAAUCAAUUAUCAGCUCCCAGAAAGAACAUAUUAAUCGGUAUGAAAGUCGACUUAAGGACAUUAUCGUAGCAUAUAAAGGCUUGGCCAAGGAAAAGGCAGCCUUGGAACAGUCGUUACAGACACUCAGCGCCGAUAGUGAUGGUGCAGGCAAAGCAUCUUCUGUAAAACAAGAAGUGGCUGAUGGUAAACAAGCGCCGGCGGUACCGAAUGAUGAGCAGGUCCAAAAACUAAUGCAAAAUUUAGCCACUAUCACUGCUGAAAGAAAUCGUAUCGAAGAAGUGUUAAAGGGUGACAGAAAUCAGCUUCGGCAACAAUUAAUAAGUAAGGAUGCAACGAUAGAGGAAUUGACACGGCGUAUCAAAGCAUUGGAAAACAAAUCGCAUGCAGACUCGAGCGUGGGUAGUACGGGUGGGCCUGGUGAACGUCUUGCAAAUGCUGGAACAAAUGAAGAACACACUUUGAAAAUAAGAGAGCUCAAGAAACGGUUAGAUGAUGAGCGUAACUUGAACGAACAGCUGGAGUUACAAUUGGGUAAUCUGAAGACACAGUUUUUACUAAACAUCCCUGACCGUCAGGCGGAGCUGAAGAAACGUGCCGAAGAAAAGAACGCAAGUUCAAGGAACUUAAACUCGGAGAAAAAUGUAAACAAUUCAAUGAAUUUAACCGAAUCGUUGCAAGAUUUGCAAAAGGAAAUGAAUCAUCUAAAGAAACAGUAUGCAAUUGCGGUGGCAGACGAAAAACAACGUGUACGUUUAGCAGAGGAAAACAGUAAGCGUUUGCGAGAGAUUCAUGAGGAACGUGUGUCCAACUUUGAAUGCCGCAUUAGAGAACUUAGCGAAAUGGUUGGUAAGUAUGAUCGUUUGAAGGAGCAGGAUAAGGCGCACAUUUUGCAACUGAAAAACACUAUUGCUAGCCUUCAAACAAAGUGUGUAGAAGAAAACAAUGAAAUUCCAAGCGAUAAUUUUGAUCGUGAAUCAAUAGAAGACGGGUACGGCACUCGCCAAAAACAAUUUGUAGUCGAUCCUGCUGAUAAUCCCGAUGAUACUGGAGAAAAACAAGCUGAUAUAAAUUUUUCCUCCAAUACUGCUGUCCAUGGCCAACAAUUAGAUGCACAAAGUGAGCUGGAAAAUUAUAAAUGGCGUUAUGAGCAGGCAAUGGGAGAAAAUCAGCGAUUGAAAAAGGAACUGCUACUAUGCCAAGAAUGUGUAACGCAACUGAAACAAAAGCUUGAUUCACAGAAACAAUUAACUGCCCAGUUGGAAUCCGAUUUGCAUCAAAAAUUAACCGAGCAUCAGAUCGCUUUUAAAAACGAAUCUGCCAAACAUUCAGAAGCCAUAAGCGCAAUGCAAGCGUCGUUCGAGAGACAAAUAGGGCAUCUACAAGAUUCGUUACAAAAACAACGGGAACGUUCGCUUGCCGUCAUGGACGAAAAGGAUGAAGAGAUCAAAACGCUGCGAACGUCACUAGAAAUUAUUUCACUGUCAUCGUCUUCCUCCGUCCGGCAGCAGGAUUCUAGUAGUGAAAAUAUGACCGUGAAAGGCGAUCGCAAUCGUUGGAAUGCCAGCAAUGAUUCUGCUGCAAUGUUAACUCCCUUUAGUUCUUUAGCUGAUGAACAUCAGCAUAUACUUCAUUAUGCACAGGAAAUUGCUCGCAAAAACGUAGAAAUUAGUUCACUUCGUACUUCGAAAAAUGUUACGGAAUCUACGCUGCGGAAGCUUGCACAAGAAAAGAUUAUGAUUGAACAAAGCUAUAAAGAGCAAAUAUCCCAACUGGAAAGAGACAUCGAACGCUUGCGAAGCAAUAAUCAACUGGAAGGAUCGAAUCUAGAGUAUUUAAAAAACGUUGUGCUCAGUUUCCUUUUAACACGCGAUGCUGAGAGCAAGAAACAUAUGACCAAUGCGAUAGCAGCAGUUUUGAAAUUUGAUGAAAAUGAAAUUCUAACUAUAAAUAAUAUUAAGCAUUGAAUA